AUGAUGGCUCUUUCUUUAUUAAUGUGGUCAGGUUCCUGUGUUAUUUGGCGUAAUUCUGAUCCAGCUUGCUUGCAAUAUAAACAAACUUUGGCAAUGUGUUCUGAGCUUUCUCCAAAGAUUAUUUUGCAAUUAGCUCGUUUAAUUUCAUUUAACACUAAUUAUUGUGGAACAAACAAUCAACCAGAACUUUUGGACCAAUUCUAUGACAUUUAUGGAUUUGAUGAAUCUCCUGUUCCAGAGAAUUUAAUGAUUUUGGCUGUUCUUUCGCAUUAA